GCUGCUGCUGUGGCCUCCCGGCGGGCGGCGUGCGGGGGAAGCGAGCGGCUUUCGCUUUGGAAGCCCGUCCCCGUUACUCGAGGAGCGGUGCAUCCGUGUCUCCAGCGGUGCAGGGCAUCCCCAGGGUGCGGUGCCUCCUCGCCUUCGUUGCCUUUAUUUCUUAUUUUUUGGGGGGUUAAUCUGCCGUUUUUUCAGCUGCGGAAAGGCUUUUCGGGCAGAAAGCAUGCGAGAGAAGGAGCAAAAAAACUAGCAGAGCGCAGAUCCCGCGGGCCUGAAAGGCGAGAGCCGGGCGUUUCCCCCCAACGUCAACAACCAAAGUUCCCGGCAGAGCUGCACUUGGUGGGAGAUGGAGACUCCGGCAGCGUCGGCCGCUCUGGCCGAGGUCCGCCAGCCCAGUGACACGGUGGGACGUCACUCUUGGUGUCCGCUGGGUUUUGUGCAGCCCCUUGGCAGGCGGCUUCCCUGUGAUGACGCAAAAAAGUUCAGGGAUCGCUUUCCCUGAGACGUCCCAGUGGACCUGCCGCUGUUGAAAUGAAUGAAAUGGCCACUGUCUUCAUCUCUUAUCUGGAAAAAACCCCACUCUUGGGUACCGUUUUCUGUGCCGCCCCGUGACUGGUGAGACAAUUGAGGGCUCGGGUGUAGUCAGGAUUUCUGGCCGUUUUCCUGUGAUUUUAAGGCCAGUGGAAAGUUUCCGCCGUGCCUAAAGCUGUGAUCGUACAUCCCUCUUCAGAGCCGUGUCGGUCCUGCCCCAGGAUCUGGGCUGGCUUCUUCCCCUCGUAAGGUUUGAUCUUGACGCAUCCCCAUCACCAGCAACCUGACCUCUGAAUUUUUGCGGUUUUGUUGGAAAAUGGUGAGAAACCUUAUUUUCUAGAUGCUCUUGUAGUUGGGAGUUGCACUCAGUGGCGUUAGCAUUUUCAGUCCGUUUUGAAAUGCGACUUCUUGCCUGAUCCCUCUGCGUACGGGAUGUGUGUGACUUCCCCAUCGCGUUUGCAUCCGAGUGUGGUUGCACAUCCAGGCUCCCUGCAAUUAAUUGAAAUUGGCUGCCUGAAUUAGAGGCUUUUGAAAAUGCAGCGAAAUCUCUGGUGGCCCUUGGAAUAUCCUUACAAAUUCUGAAAUAAGCAGAUUUACUCUCACUCGUGUGUAUUGGCAAGUUUCCUAGUUUCUUUUUAGCUUCCAAUUAGCUUCUGGAGUUUUAAUGAACCUGUGAAGCAGCACUUGCUCUUUUUUUAAAGACUGAUGGCAUCAUAGAAAUGUAUAUCACUGCAUGCUGCAUCCAUGAGAUCAACAGAUAGUCUUGAAAGUUCAGAAUAGUUCGACGCUCGUGCUCCAGCGUACAGUUACAAAAAUAACAGUUGAGUUGUAACCUAUAAUUUUUUUUAAUGUUGCUUAACACAUGCUUUUUAAAUUUAAGGUCAAGCUUAUAUAUGUUUUUUUACAGUUGUUUUUACUGGGCUGACUGACGCAUGACUCAAGCCACUAAAUCUGAUGGAGAGCUCAGCUUGCAGAAGUUCUGUCCCGAUGGCCGUGGAUGUGGGAAAAUCACUUUCUGAAGCCUCACUGAGCAGGAAGGCCAAGGGCGAUGGCAGGUGGGACUGCGCAGAGGUGGAGACGGACUACCCGGAGCUCGCGAACAGCCUGCACCGGCUUUUAGGGGUAGAGGAAGCCAAGCCCUGCCCGCAAGGGACGGAGAGUGUGGCAAUGAGCGGACGCAGUCACUUGGCCACUGGUAUUACCCAGGGAGGCUCAAGCUACUGCCCAGAAGUGUCUUCAGCACCCACAUCCAGAUUUCCCAGAGCAAGAGCAAGCCUCUCAGAGACAGAGACGUUAAUUUAUAGAGCUACCGAUGGUGGUGAUGUGCCUCGUCAUGUUGGCCACCGGUUCCUUUCCUCAGAAGACCAGCAGGUGAAGGCAUUGGGCUGUUGGGAGCUGGUGUCCAGCCCUCCCAGCCGGCGCAGCUCUGCAGGGGAGAGCAUCCUUGCUGGUGGCUGCCACGAUGCCCGUGCUGGCCGGUGGAACCGAAGGCUGGGAGCUCAAUCCCCAUUUUCCUCCACCCCGGAGCUCCUGCGGCCCCAAACCGCCCCCAGCCCCGAGAGCACCCUGCGGAGCCGCUCCGCAUUGAGCUUCUCCACUCUGUCAUCAGAAGAAAAUGGCCUCUCCAAAGAGCCGGUCCGAAGCUUGCAGGCCAGCACGGACAUGCCUUCUCCUGCGGCCACCGCCGCCCGGGACUUGUGUUGCCGGUGGGGUGCAGCAGAAGACAGGGUGCCGCGGGCGCGCAAGCCCUUCAGUCCUCUGCUUGAUGACCGCACCACCAUGGAGCGCAUCAGAGAGAUGUCGUCCUACCAAGCUGAUUACUGGGCCUGUGCCAUACCGGAUUCAUUACCCCCAUCUCCAGACCGCAGUUCACCCCACUGGAACCCCAAUAAAGAGUAUGAGGACCUGCUGGAUUAUGCUUAUCCGCUGAAGCCAAGAUACAAGCUGGGUAAGAUACCGGAGCCUUUCUUCCAUGACUCAGGAAUAGGUUUGGACAGCUUUUCUGUUUCCCCCGAGGGCACAUCGAGGUCCACCAGUAUCUAUGGCCGAGGUGGGCAGGCUCGGGGAAGUGGAGAAAAUGGACGUCGGACGUUUGUGGCCUCUGCAGAAAGGUUCUCCACCCUGGGGCCUGGAAAAAGAGGCUGCUCAGGAGCUGACUCGUACUAUGAACCUUUACCUAUUGCAAAAGCAUCCUUCGCAAAGAGUGCUUCCUCUCAUCAUUCUAGAGGUUUUGCUAAGGAUGUAACGACAGCUGGGCCAGGUUCCUUUGGCCUCCCUGCUGCGGAUGGGAGAAGCUGCUGUACCAGAAGGAGCUCCUUCCCCAACUACAAAGGGCAGGUGAAAAGCAGUAAUAGGUUUUUACCGACAACGCGAGUGCUCCCUCUGAGGAAAGAGUGGGAGGGUGAUGAAGAAUUUCUCUCCCUGCCUCCGAGACUGCGGGAGCUGGAAAGGCUGGCUCAGUUUUUGUCCAAUCUUUCUUUAACUAUAAGGACACCUGGGCACGAUCACCCUAACCUUCCAUGUCACAGCGAUGGUAGGCAGCCCCUUUCGUCAGAGAUGGCUCCUUUUGGAGAAGCGGGUGGCAGGGAUGAAAGAGGGAAUAUUGAGGAUUAUGGUCCCUGGCAGCCCUGCAGCUCUCGAAAGCCCAGCUGGGAAAACACUGAAUCGUGUGGCCGGAUCCACAGGGCUUCAUCUCUGCGGGGGCUUCAUCUACCGACUGGUCUCAGGGACGCGUUGGAUGGGACGUACCUAAACGAACCGCAGGUCAAGGGGAAUCUGAAGAAGAGCCAGCAGAGCGAGUCCCUUGCCCAGUGCAUUAAGAUGUUUUGCUGCCAGCUGGAAGAGCUUAUUCGUUGGCUGUACAACGUCGCGGACAUCACUGACAGCUGGGUCCCAGCCAUGCCGGCCGCCGAGAGCGUGAAGGCAUCACUGCACCGCUACUUGGAGUUCAGGAAAGACGUGGCUGACCACCGGAGCCUAACAGAGAGCGUGCUGGAGAGGGGAGAAGCUCUGCUUGACUGUAUGGCAUCAAAUUCGCCAGCUCUGAAAGACACGCUGGGUUUGAUUGCAAAACAGUCAGAAGAGCUGGAAACCCACGCGGAGCACUUGUACGAGUCUGUUCUAGCGGCUGUGGGUCCCAUGCAGGGCGAGGACGGGAUGGAGGAUGAGGGGGUGCAGCAGACAUCUGCUCAGUGGGUGCCACCUCUGUCAGACCUGGGCUUUGUUAGCCAGUCCCGGGAUGGCUGAGGAGAACCACAGCCAGCACCAAACCACCUUUCACCUCCUGCAGAGAUGCCAAAGUGCUACGAUCACUGUGCGUGGAGUUAGCCAGCCCCGGCUGAUGUCAGUUUGGGGUAUUUUAACCAGUUUGAGAAAGGCAAGCUGUACAGCAGGUAUUUGGCUACUGGACUGUCUAGUUAAUAGUGCUAUGUUGGGGAGUUUUGAGCGGGGAAUGUACAGCUGGCCUUUCUUUGUUGUGGUUUUUUUUUUUUUUUUAAUGUAGCUUUCCUUUUCUUCAAUUGAAGUGGCCUGUUCCAUGUAUUAGCGAAAUGCCAGGAACACACUGUUUGGUUUUUUUUUUUUUUUUUUAAGUAAUCCAUAGUGUGCCGUGCAACUCACUUCUAAGUAAAGCCGUGUGAUUCUAA